GUCUUCGCCAACUGCUUAUCGAUUGUGUGUUGGCAGACAACGUUGGCUAAUUACAUGAACUUGAACAAUGAAAUUACUUAAACUUAGAAGCUAGAACGAUAACGGUGCGGCCGGGAGUGAGCUAACUACAUGGAUGCUAACUAGCUUAGCUUUGAUAGCCCCCGUGUUUACAAAUUUAAAAAAAUGGUCUAGUGGGAGCGUUAAGAUAGCAAAAUUGCUAGCAUACAGGUACCGUUAGCUAGUCAAAUUUCACCAACGACGCCACUAACUACAUACAACUGGUUUUUGAUCCAUUCACCAGGGAGGAUAAGUGUCGCCAUCUUCCAUACACACAGCCCGGAUGUCUAAUUCAUCAUCGCACACACAGGGUCAAAUGUGGUUAGCAGCUACUGCUGGUAGCUCACUGAUGCAUGUUGGGACACUGAAGACUGGCUCGGCUUUGUUAACGCGGAACUUUGUGUUCCCGGAGUGAUAGUGGUUACUUUCCAUCUGGGUGCUCAGUUUGGUUCAGUGUUGCUGUAGGAAUCAUCGCUAUUGCUGCCGUGAUGGAGAAAGCUACAAACAUUUCAGAGCCACCUUUAAAGCCAUCAGGAGAUGACUGUGUGGUGGCGGGCUCUCAUCCUCCUUUACUGUGUCCUGCACUUUGUGGAGUUCUCUGCUCCAUCUGCAGUCCCCCAGAGGAAUAAAUAUAAAAACUCCUUUCGUCUCACGAGGACCACACGAACCCGUGUCCAGCAGCUGCAGAGAAAAUAUAAGGAGCAGCAGUUGGGAAACAAGCAUUUUGAAGACAGAAGCCGACAGUUAAAGGACCUGCCAUCACUUUCUACAGAUUUCAACAGCUGGCUAAAGCUGACGGACUGGGAACGACUGCAUGCUGCUUUCUGCGACAUGCAAGCAUAUUGGAAUAUGCUGGAGUGGAAGAGGAAACAGCUGGAAAUGGAGGAGAAAGAGCAGAUAGCGGAGCGGGUGGUACGCACCACUAUAUCUCAGAGCAUCAGGCACAUUCAGUUGGACCUGAGGGACCUGAUGAAACAAGUCAGCAGUCAGUUGAGUUACAUGCAGAGCUCCUGGAUGAAGCCAACCUCUCAUAAGGUACAGGAACCACUGAACCCAGAAACCAGCUCCAAAACAGUGUGGGACCGCCGAGUAGAGGGUUACAUCAUUUUGAGGGAUCUAGACCUUUACCUCACCAAGCUGGCAAGAGACUUCCUCCUACUGGCUUCAAAAAUAUAAAUGACUCAGCACUGAAAAAAGAAAGCUGUGACCUUGACAACACACACACGCACACAAACUGUCAGCACCUAGCAGAAAAUUGUAAUAACAGUUGGUAACUUUAAUCAGUUUCAGUGGUGUUUACAUGGAGCUCUCUUUAAGCUAGUCAAAUGGUUUUACAUGAUGUAUAUUCAAGGGCUUUCUUGGGUAUUUCCCAGAGUUUCUGUCUUGCCUCUACCAGAGCGGAGAGAACACUUCCCAACUGUUUUUCCCCAAGCCCUCAAUCUACUGGACUUUCCAAAGAUAUAUUUACUAUUUAUUAACAUAUUUAUUGACAUGCUAUUUAUUUCAAAGUGGUUUGUUUUAUUUUUCUUACAAUAUAGAGAAAAAGUGUUUCACAUGACAAGACAUUUUAUAUUUUAUGUAUUUAAAUAUAUUUGUGUACAAUUUGUAUGACUGUCAAUAAAGAA